GUAAGAGUGGAAGUAGUGCUUCUGAAACACCAAAACAAAAACGGAAAAAGAAACAAAGAAAUGACUUUGGGGAACAUACAAAGGCUUUACAUGUACAUGACUCUACGGUUGAUCCUACAGACCUUGAAAGAACGUUGAACUCUUCAUGGAGGGAAGAAUGCACACAUAGAGCAGAUAUGGAUUCUUCUAAUGCCGACCAGGAAAUCACAUCCACUUCUAUAGGUGACUCCACAUACUCUGAAGUUCCUUCCUCUGUAAAGAAAAAAAAGAAGAAAAAGAAACGCCACGCAGAAGACAUGGAGAAUUACAGCUUUGUAGCUUCCGACGUCAAUGAAAACAUACAUGAUUGGCCACAUGAGAGCACGGCACAAAACCUGGAAACCACCCACGAUGAGUCUCACGUGACACAGAGUGCCAAAAAACACAAGAAAAAAAAACAUCCUGAGUCAUCUACCACUGAUUUUAUUGAACUGGAGGAGUCAGAGAACACAGCUGGUAAUGAACAAGAUCCUUCUACUAUAAAUGAUCAUCAACGUGCUAAGCUAGACCUUCCAGAUAAUGCAGAAGAUCUGAAAACAAAAUCAGAAGAUGAUGCUGACCUCAGAGAAUACCUUAAAGAUCCUGUCUCUGUAAAGAAGAAGAAGAAACGCCGUGCGGAUGUGGAGAAUAGCAGCUUUGUUCACAGCCACAUUGCUGACCAUAUUAAUGAAACUAUACAUGAUGGGAGUAUGGCACUAAACUCGGAAGCAGACUGUGAUAACUCUCAGGUGACACAGAGUGCCAAAAAGCACAAGAAAAAGAGAGUUCGUACAUCGGAGGAUAUGGAGAAUACCCACAUUGGUAAUGAAACCAUACAUGAUUGGCCAGGGGACUCCACGUACUCUGAAGAUCCUUCCUCUGUAAAGAAAAAAAAGAAGAAAAAGAAACGCCACGCAGAAGACAUGGAGAAUUACAGCUUUGUAGCUUCCGACGUCAAUGAAAACAUACAUGAUUGCCCACAUGAGAGCACGGCCCAAAACCUGGAAACCACCCACGAUGAGUCUCACCUGACACAGAGUGCCAAAAAACGCAAGAAAAAAAAACGUCUUGAGUCAUCUACCACUGAUUUUAUUGAACCGGAGGAGUCAGAGAACACAGCUGGUAAUGAACAAGAUUCUUCUACUAUAAAUGAUCAUCAACCUGCUAAGCUAGACCUUCCAGAUAAUGCAGAAGAUCUGAAAGCAAAAUCAGAAGAUGACCUCAGAGAAUACCUUAAAGAUCCUGUCUCUGUAAAGAAGAAGAAGAAGAAGAAGAAACGCUGUGCGGAUGUGGAGAAUAGCAGCUUUGUUCACAGCCACAUUGCUGACCAUAUUAAUGAAACUAUACAUGAUGGGAGUAUGGCACUAAACUCGGAAGCAGGCUGUGAUAACUUUCAGGUGACACAGAGUGCCAAAAAGCACAAGAAAAAGAGAGUUCGUACAUCGGAGGAUAUGGAGAAUACCCACAUUGGUAAUGAAACCAUACAUGAUUGGCCAGGGGACUCCACUUACUCUGAAGAUCCUUCCUCUGGAAAUAAGAAAAAGAAGAAAAAGAAACGCCAUACAGAAGACAUGGUGAAUCACAGCUUUGUAACUUCCGACGUCAAUGAAAACAUACAUGAUUGGCCACAUGAGAGCACGGAGCAAAACCUGGAAACCACCCACGAUGAGUCUCAGGUGACACAGAGUGCCAAAAAACACAAGAAAAAAAAAGUUCCACUUACUGAUGUUAUUGAACCAGAGGAGUCCGAGAACACUAUUGGUAACGAACAAGAUUCUUCUACUGCAAAUGUUCCAGAACCUGAUAAUGCAGAAGAUCUGACAAAUAAAUCAAAAAAUAAAGACGACCCCAGUAAAAAGAUCUUUUCGGCUAAACGAUCACUCCGCAAGCAAGAUAUAGAACUUCUGCUUGAAUAUUUUCCAAACCUGAUGAAACUUUCUCAAUCAAGAGUCUCGGAAUUAUUUUGUCAGGAAUUUGAAAGAGUCAAAGCCGCCAAAAGAAAAGGGAUCAGCUUUAAAACUGGCAGGUUUACAUUGGCAGAAAAUAAACAGCUCCACGAGAACGUGAAGGAAUUCAUGUUUAUGUCAGGGGUGGACAGUGAAGAGAAGCUUUUUCAUGCCUAUAGAUUUCCAGAAGAGAAGCCUUUCAUACAGUUAUUGAAAAAACAGUUCAACUUCACAUUGCGAAUUGGUACAAACAUAGCACGCCCACUAAACGAAAUCAAUCGCAGAGGAUUUAAGAUGUUUGAUUUAUCUGGCCAAAAGGGACGGUUCUCAGCCCAGGAAGUGACUGAGUUAAAAAAACAAAUGCAUAUACAUGGAAACAAAUGGUCCAACAUGCGUCGCUCUAUUGGUAGGAGUAAUAUUGGCAUACAGUUAAAGGCUUCACAGCUCCGACGAGAAAUCAACAUGGGUACCUGGGGUGCGGAUGAGAUAAACCGUCUGAUUGAAGCUGUGAAAGAGUUCAUUCUUACCAGGGAGAAGACUGACACCUCUUCAGGGGAUGAGGCUCCUGUCAGUAUUGCCAAACGACAGCUGUACAAAGGCAUUCCAUGGGUUCAAAUCGAGGAAAAAGUCAAUACCAGGAACUGGUCUCAGUGCAAGACAAAGUGGAUGGAUGUACUGCUUUUACGCAUGAACUUUGGAGUUAGCCCAUUUGAAGGAAUAACCGGUUUGGGUAUGAGAAUAAAAAUAAUAAAAUGGCUGUAUGACAACAGGAUAUCAGAAAGUGGCCUAAUUAACUGGGAAGAGUUUGCCGAGUGUCUUGGAAAUAUCCCACCGAUGGUGCUUCAACUAAAGGUUUAUUCUCUGAAAGCUGAAAAUAUUAAUCGUUGGCAAGACAUGACUUUCCAAGAAAUUGUGAAUCACUUACAUUCUGUAAUCUUGCCAUUACUGGAAGCAAAAUUAGAAAAGGCAAAAGCCAAAAAGCAAGACUUUGAAUAUAUUUUCGAAAUAAAAAAUGACUAUUUACCCAGUGAAAUAUUCUAUGAAUAUACAGAGAAGAGAAAUGAGAAAACGAAGAUGUCUGAUUAAAAAUCUGCUGAGUUUUAUUUG